CUUCCGGUUCAAUCGAUGCAACAUCUUUGUACACAUCCGGGACUUGCUGUUCUUUCGUGUACUCUUCUUACAAAACGAGCUCUUUCAAAUCAUUCUCAUCGAAUGCCACACAAUACUACUGACUGAAGGCAAACGCAAUUCCAAACAUCUAGUCAAAGACGUGGAAGAUGAGGAGACCAGAUCCAGGCAACGACGAGGUACUGAAAAACGAAAGAAAAUGAAGUGUCCCACAGACGUCACUCUAGAAGAACUUCACCCGGAGAAGCACGAUCCCCUCCACGUUAAACAGGAAGAGGAGUCGGAGAUGCUGUACAUCAAAGAGGAGGCGGAGCCAGAGAUUUCCUACUUGCAAGAAGAUAAACAGGAAAAUGAAAUGAAGUUUCCAAUGACUGUCGGUGUGAAGAGUGAAGAAGAUGAAAGUCCAAGCGAAGCAGCGAAACCUUCGAGCGACUGCUCAUUUCAACACAUGACAACAAAAGGAGAGGGACGAUCACAACCGGACGGCCUGUUAGCUCCGCUCUCGGACAGUGAUGACGUAACGUCACACUCUUCUGACACUGACACUAAUGAGGAGGAUUAUGACUUUGACCAAAAUGCUUCGAAAUCCUCAUCAUUGAAAAGAGACACGAAAGAAUGCGCGAUUGGAAAAUCAUUUCCCUGCUCACUUUGUGAUAAAAGAUUUUUUUGGAAGCAUUACUUAAAAAUACACAUGCACACACACACUGGAAAAAAGCCUUUUGUCUGCACAUCUUGUGAUCAACGAUUCGCCGACAAGGGAAAUUUAAGGAAACACGCAAGCACGCACACUAGGGAAAAGCCUUUUUCCUGCACACUUUGCGAUCAAAGAUUUUCUCGGAAGAGUUAUUUAAAACUGCAUAAGCUUAGACACACUGGAGAAAAGCCUCAUGUCUGCACAUGUUGUGGUAAACGAUUCAGCGAGAAGGCAAAUUUAAAGAAACACACAAGCACACACACCGGAGAGAAGCCUUUCGCCUGCAUGGUUUGCGAUCAAAGAUUUUCUCGGAAGAGUUAUUUACAAAAGCAUAAGCGAAGACACACUGAAGAAAAGCCUCAUGUCUGCGCAUGUUGUGGUAAACGAUUCCGCGAGAAGGCAAAUUUAAACAAACACACAAGCACGCACACCGGAGAGAAGCCUUUCCCCUGCACACUUUGCGAUAAAAGAUUUUCUCAGAAGACUCAUAUCGAAAAGCAUAUGCGUACACACACUGGAGAAAAGCCUUUUGUCUGCACAUUUUGUGGUAAACAAUUCACCGAGAAAGGAAAUCUAAAGAAACACAUAAGCACACACACUGGAGAGAAGCCUUUUUCCUGUUUAGUUUGUCAUAAAAGAUUCCGUCAAAAGACUUAUUUAGACAAGCAUGAGCAUACACACACUGGAGAGAAGCCUUUUGCCUGCUCCUUUUGUGAGAAAAGAUUUUCUCGGAAGCAUCGGUUAAAAAUGCAUACAAGAAUACACACUGGAGAAACACCUUUUUCCUGCACACUUUGUGGUACAAGAUUCGCUGAGAGGCGACAUUUAGUAUUGCAUGCAAGAACCCACACUGGUGAAUUACCAUGAAACUGAAAACUAGUGUCUUAUUUGUAGAACGAACGGAUACUGGUACAGUGGUACCUCUACAUACGAAGUUAAUUCAUUCCAGGACCUUGUUCGUAAGUCGAAAUGGUCGUAUGUCGUGCUGGAUUCCCCCAUAAGAAUACAUUAUAAUUCUAUUAAUUAAUUCAACAGCCAAAAAACCUACAGUAAAUCCUUCAUAAAUGCUGCUGGGACUAUUACAAAUGGCAAUUACACAUAGCAAAACAAUUAAAUGAAUAAUUAAUUCCUGUAAAAAUUGAACAAAUCGAUUUCUAAUGUGUCAAACGUGUUUUGCGUGCUAUACCUGAACGCACUGCGUGGCUGACGAGUCACAGAGUGAGAAAGGUGUGGUCGUGAUUUUACUUUUAAUGUUUUGUCGUUGGCGCCAACUGCUGCGGACAGUAGGUGUGUUGUGUUGCACAAAUUCUGAAAUAAAUGAUUAAAAACCUGACGAAGCUGGCAAUUUCUUUGGCGAUGUUACCUAAAGGAACCUGUGUUUUAAAUUACCUGUUGAAUGAUUAAUCCUCAAGGUUCCAUUCGUAUUCGUUUUUGUUAAAGGACUCCAACAACGACAUGUUUGAAGUCAACAAUUCAUUGCCCUAAGUUUUUGACAUAGGAGUCUAAACCGCAUGCUGGGUCAGUGACCUACUCCUUUCCUAAAAGUGAUUGGAGUAGACUGACCCGGUCUUUCCGGCUUGCCCGGUAUUUUGUAGAUGAGGAUGAGGAACUGAGGAUGUGAGUUCAUGUGACUGGUUGAAUGUCCAUGGAAUUCCUGUCCCUUGAUGCCAAAUGGGGAGAUGGUUAUUCUAGAUGUCAGCUGUUGGCUUCGCCAGAAUUGGUGCUGCUACGUGUCCCCUGGCCCUAAAAAAUGUGCCCUUUCCUCCCUUCUUCUUCUUUAGACCUCUCCGAGGUGGGCCAAUUCCAGAUGGCAUGUUGUCUUUUGUUGCCUUCACUCCUCGGAUGUCAAUCACUGGUCAGAAGCGGUAUGUUAUCGGGCCCACCUGCUUACAGAAACAGUCUCAACUUUCUUAUUGCAAAUGCAUUUUAUUGUAUAAUUACUUUUAAUAUGUUAGUACCCGUUAUUAAAUAUCACUUCCCUUCAUACCACAAUAACAAUUGCCACCUUAAAAAAAUUGGAAUGGAAGUCAGAGGAGGACCAUCGAGAUCGUAGACAUUCUAUGGCCGUAUUGUCGAGCUAGUUCACGAAUGCGCACACCACGCUCAUAUUUUCUAUCAUUUCCAUUUUCAUUGCGAUGUUAAGCGUCGCCUGUAUCUUUUUUUUACCACCUGCACUCACCUUCUUGAAACCCGUGUUGAUUUCUCCAACAAGAAAAUCCUCCGUGUGUCCGUCUUGCGGGAAAACAAACUGCGGCAAAAAUCGUCGUAUUUCAAGCAUGUCGUCGGAUGUAGAAAAAAUGGUAAGUAAAAUUUUACGUCGGAUGUCGAAAAUACUGUGUGUCGAAGUUGUCGCAUGUCGAGGCACCACUGUAUAGUGAUUUACAAGAAUAUGCUGGGAAACGCAUUCCCCCGCUUCGCCUGCUUUUUGACCAUUGAGCUUACAAAACAAUGACAAUACCAAAUCCCACUCAUCUCAUAGGUCGUGAUACUGUCGCUUGCUAUGAUGAUGAUGACGGUUGACAACUCAAGAGUGUGGGAAGUUUGAAUGAAGCUUGAGUAAAAAGCAUGUUCCAAAUAAUGAUAAUUUGAUAUUUUGUUAUUCUCUUUUUAAUUUAUUUUUACUAAUUGUAUUUUUGUAUUCUGUAAAGUUCAUUUGUAUUUCCACAUGAUAUUUGGAGUGAUCAUUUGCAAAAAUAUUUUUGCUGAGGGGACUUUGCACCUUAGUUGUUGGAAAAAGUUUACCUUAAAGUUUGCAGUUUUUUUUUUUUUUUUUUUUUAAAGUAUAUCGUUUUUUAAAUGGCCAAAAACACGCACAAACAAUGGCUCACGACCUUAAGGGUUAAAUUACAGUGAUCCCUCGCUACUUCACCCUUCAAACUUCGCGCCCUCAGUCCAUCACAGAUUUUUUUUUCCCAAUUAAAAAAAUACAGAUGAGCUGCCCCCAUCCGACCAUGUAGUCUCACCCUCCCUCCUGCUGCUUUUCUUCUUUCUCAGGCAGUGCACUAGAGUUGCUUCUUAAAGUUAACGAUAAUUGACAGAUGUUAUGGUUUGAUCUUGCCAAAGAAGCUUGGAAUCCCACAAUUCAAAGCGUCACAUGUGUCCAUCAUCGUUUAGCAUGUUAAACAGUUGCUGUGGCAUCUCACUUAUUAUGUGCAAGUGAGCAGCAUGAGCGGAUUUGAGUUGACUCACUCAAUUAAGCAUUUAAUAAAGACAGACGAAUGAGCAGCAUGAGAGGAUUUGAGUUGACUCACUCAAUUAAGCAUUUAAUAAAGAAACAUUUUUCUAUAUUAUUCUUGUUUAGAAAUAAUUCGGUGGGACAGUAACAUGUUUAAAUUUAUCAUCAUUACGUUUCAAGUGCUUGAAAACCAUUUAUUGAAAAAAUAUAUUUAAAUAAAAGUUUUUUUAUUAAAUUAUACUUUGGGGAAAACGGUGAAAAAACAUGUCCUUUUUCUAUCUCUUUUCAAUGCUAAAUCUGAAUAAAUAGAUUGAAAACACACACACACACACAAAAUUGGUGUGUUAGUUCGCGGUUUUUCACUUAUCACGAUGGGUCCCCCUAUUAGGCUAUAUAGUUUUAAAUUUAACUGGACAGAUGUUUUUAUUGUAGUAGUUUUUGUGUUAAAAUACAUUGCUGCCAUUUUUUUUUUUCAUGCGCUUUCAUCACUUAAAUAAGUACCUAAUUCAGAUUUGAGUAAAAUUACCAUAUUAUAAUUAUUUUGAGAGAGAGAAAAAAAAAAAAAACUUUUCACACACGAAAAAAUUAUCAAAGAGUGACGGUUAUAUUUAGCCACUCUGUUCCACGGCUCUGGAACUCUCUUUAACUCUAUGGAACUCAGUGUAACUUCUUACCCACUUUUAAAAUCUGGGCUCAAAACAUAACUGGGUAUCAAAUCCAGCUUGAUCAUCUGUUUUGUUUUAUGUUAUGACUUUUUUGCCGUUACUUUGAUUCACUCUGAUUUUGCUUUUGUCCACUCUAUUUGUAGUAGCUUUUGUAAACUCUGUUGUAACGGGUCCUUGAG